UGCUCCCGCUACAUCCGGAGGUAAUCGGGCUUGAAUUUGGCGAUAUAAAUCCUACACAUGUGUUUGAAUUACCCAUUUGUGUUUUUCAAACUCAAUCGUUAGUAGAACUCAGAUUGGAAUUGGUCUUCGAAUUUGAAUUGAAGUUACUUGAUGAUGAGUUAGUAUCAAUUAAUCUCCCUUCUUUGAAGAUCCUUCACAUGUAUCUCUAUAAUUCACAUCGUCCUUUGAUGCGUACUCUAUUCAAAUCUUGCCCACUGUUGAAACGUUUGUGGUUGUCGUUGUUUUUGGAUGAAGAGGAUCACAUUGUUGAUAUUGUAGCACCUAAUCUCAAGCACUUGAGAUUCGAGACGGAUGGAUGUGCCCCAGAAGCCUGCAAAGUUUGGAUAGAUGCCCCCGAACUUGAGAUCUUCGAGACACGGGGAUAUUCAAUGGUUUUUAACUUCGUUAAGGAUCUUAAGUUGUUACAAACAGCCAGAGUGUUUUUAAAUGAGUGUGGUUUUGGUAGAGAAGGUGAAUUGAUAAACAGGUUACCUUCACUUUUUCAAGGGAUUUCUUAUGUUAAGUCCCUCGAAUAUUAUUUUCAUGGUUUCUAUUGUGCGAGUCAGCUGUAUAAUCCGGAUUUAGUCGCCUUGCCAAUCUUCCGUAACCUGUUUCACCUGCAAUUCACCUAUUCCCCCAUGGAAGGGAAUAGUUUUAUUCCGAGUUUUUUGUUAAGUAAACUCAGGAGCCUUGAGAUAUUGAAUCUGAUUCUAUAUGAUGAUGAUGAUGGUGAUGCGAUAAGGUUGAUUCAGGACGUUCUGACUAAUGCAACUGUUUUGGAGGAUCUUUAUGUGUAUGUUCAUUUUCAUUCUGAUAAAUUUGAAGAAAAAGAAGUAUAAAUUUAUAGGGAAUACAAGUUCUAUAAGAAAGUGCUCAAUCUUCCAAGGAGUUCAUUAAGCUGCCAGAUUGAGUUCUGUGGCUAUAUCCCCAAUCUGUGAAGACUUUGUAGAUGGAAACUUUGCAUCAACCAAAGUUGAGUAGUGAGGUAAGUAUAUUUUGAGUAGUAAAAUGAUGGAGUUCCCUGGUGGAGGAAAUAGUUAAAGGCAGUAGCUCUACUAAAAGAGAAUGCGUGACAAAGGGAUGGUGUUGAAGCUAUUCACAUCAUUCACAAGGUGUCCUGAUCUUGAACGUGGGUUGCUAAAUAUUUCAACGUAACUAAAUGUAAAACUGUGGUCUGGUGGCGGUUGUUGUUUUUGUGAAUUUUGGGGCUAAAGCCUAUAAGUGCAUCGUUCACACUGUACUUGUGCUGAUAAUUAUCAGAGACUAACAGGGAGAUAUACAUGGAAAAUCCUUUUGACUUUAUCUUUCUUAGGUUGUUACAGUGUUCUGUUCUGAGGAUAUUUGAAGUGUUGUCUUAAUAUUUGAUUUAAAUGAUUAAUCACUGAUCUAUUUUAACCUGUUAA